GCUGCUCUUAACGAGUCGAGCUGCGUCCAUAACACUUUCAACAGUAUCUUAAUCAUUCCGUCAUUUUGCAAUGUCUUGCGAUAUAACCAAAACAUUCAAAGAUUACUUCGAUGGAAAGGUGUAUCCCACAUUCAGUGAGUUUGAGAAAGACGUGCGCGUUUUCCAAAAGUGUACGGAGACGUUGUAUGCCAUCAAAGACAGCUCUGUUGACUCUGGUCAAACCUUUCGCCGUGUUUUUUACACGUGUUAUAUCAACGUACUAGCUUCAUCCAAACAUUCCACUACUCCUGAUUGUCCGGCGUGCUUCGAAGUUCAGUUGGUCGAUGAUGUUUUCAAAGUGGUCUCAGCAUAUGUUCUACACAAUCAUGAACUCAGUGCUCCGGGAUACCUGCUGCAUGACUACAGCUGUUUGUUGACACCUACAGAGGUAGAAGAGCUUGAACCAAAGUUGGUCCGCGAUGACUCGACCAUCAAAAAAUUUGUUUGGGACAAUUUCAAAAAGCGCUUAAAUGAUGUAGAUGUGCGAAACUUGCGACGCAACCACGAGGAAGAUCUGCUUGAUGUAUGCACCGCAGAGCAGAGAAGAUUAUGCUUAUCAUCUGAACUCUUUGUUUUGGGUUUACCAGCAUGGGACAUAUCACCGCAUUUCGAGAAGCACCUUGGCUCGAAGCUCUUUGAUUCUUAUUCUUCGUUCGUCGAAAAUUUGAAAAAAUUCGAAUUGGCCACUGGUAGUAUCUACGCUAUGAAGGACUCAAAGAAGUUUUCUGCCACCGAACACCCCGAACAAGCCGAGAAGUUGGUUUAUAAACUUGCGACCUUCCGGUGCACCAACCCGAAAUCACAACAGGAAUCAUCUAAAGAGAACUCGCCUCGUCCUUCUGAGUGCCGAGCAUAUCUGAAAUUGGGCACGAAAUUCAACAAGCUGUGUGUUGUCGCCGUGAAUAAUCAGCAUAGUCAUUUUUUCUAUCCUCGAGGUCGGUUGUUGCGACAGAAGAACGUGCGAUGCGCCCCGAAGACUCCAGCUGCAUUUAAAGCUGACCAGCGCUCGAUGUUGAAUUUAUCUUCAUCUAUUACACCCUCAUUUUCCAACCAAGACCUCAAUUCUAGCGCCCCACACUUCACCGUACAUUCCACUCCAGUCGCAUCUACUGAAAAGAAGGACACUUACACUGCGUUGUACAGUGGCUCUCCUGUCGUUGAUCGGAAGUCGAAGCCUCCGCUUGUCACCGUCCAUCCAGCCUCCGCCCCUACCAAAACCAGCCAGCCGGGACAACAGAAAGUGAGACUGGCAGAAUUGAGUCCUUACUUGAGACUGCUGGCUCUUCUCGUCGAAGGCGAUGAGUCUAAGUAUUUGAAUCGCAAACGACUGCUACUCAAUCUCAUCGAAGCUUGGACAAAUGAACAGAAGGUGGACCUUUUCGUGCAUCACUUCGCGCACAGCGCUGAUUAAUACUUUUUACAUCAACCACUAUAUAGCUUCAUUCGUAGUGUAUACCGUUUUCCUUCCAUUAGUCUGUACAUACUCGGUUUGUUAUCUCUCCGAUGUUCUUCGUAACUGCAUGUUCUUGAGUAUACACUUCCUCACAUCA